AUGGCCGCCGGCGCCUUCUUGGAACUCCUGGAGUGGCUUCGAGAGGUGCUCCUGCAGGACGCUGUCUUCCUUCGCGAGUCCUACCCCGACCAUCCUAUCUUUCAGGAUCCGGUCUUCUCUUGCCCUGAGUUUGAAGCGUUCGCCAGCAAAGUUCAAGACACAUGCACACGGGACCACGAAGACAGCCAUACCACGGUCAUUCAAAAAGCGAUCCCGGUGGUUGCGGAGAAGCUGCGCACACCGGACCUGUGA